AUGGACAUCCCCGACGUUGAGAGUCUACAGGCACGGAAGGGCCUGAGGAAGCUCUGGGCCCCGCAGGAAGGUUCCAGGAUCCAGGAGGGGAGAGAGGGGCCCGGCUGGCCGGCCAGGCCGGGGCGGAGCCUGACAGGGAGUGCCUCGCCCGGAAGGGAGGGCAAAGGGCUACGUCGCCGCCUGCCCCACCCCACUGACAAGAGUCCCAGUCACCGGCCACGCUCUCUGUCCUGGGGCCCUAGAGGGAGCCCAGAAUCCCAAGUGGCUGGAGCACUGGGGGACGCCCAGACAGAGCCCUCGCUGGACCAAGUCCUCCAGGAGCGGGAUGAAGCCAUUGCCAAGAAGCAGGCACUGGAGGCCGAGCUGGACACAUGCAAAGCCAAGUUGCGCGCCGUGGAGGCCCAGCUGCUGGAGGUCCUGGAGGAGAAACUGAGGCUGAGGCAGGAGGUGGAGGCCUGGGAGGAGGACAUGCAGCAGCUGGUGAGGCAGCGGGUCGAGAGUCAGCUGCGGAGAGAGUCCAGGGGCACUCUGGGCACCCCCCUGGGCCCCCGAACUGCGAGGGUCCCCUGGGUCCGGUUCCCCCUGGGUCGGUGGGGACGCUGGCGAUGACAGAGCUCAGCCCGGGACCUUGGCAGCAGAGUCUUUAUUCAUUAAAGCUUGAGGUCUGACCA